CUUCAAUACUCGUUAUUUCCGUUCAACAACUGGUUUGGCUUCUCGAACUUCUCGAACUACUAUCUAGUAUCGCUCCAAGCUCUCCCCGUUUUUCCCGUCGAAUCCUCGUAAGUUUCUACAUUCGUAUUUGGAUCUUGUUGAAUUGCUCAACUUAUCUCUCGAACGCUACCUCUUUUUGACCCAAGUUCGAACCUUGAGCUCACGUCCGAAGAUUCUCAUCCUACUACGAAUCGCUUGAUAUUUCUCUCAUCAACUCCUCUCUAUUCCAACGUUUCUGUCCAGGGGCCUCUCGUUAACAUCCAAAGCAUCAUAGCAUGCACUUAUUUCCAUUUCUCCCGGUUGGGUUGUUUGCUACGCUCCUCUUGUUUUUAACACUUCCAGCUGGUGUCUUUCCAUCUCCAGUAAACCUUCGCCCUCGCCCUGACAAUCACCCCGGACUCAGUGAAAUCUCGCAACCUCAACACCCAACAACAAGUCCAACAAAAACUCCUGCCUUUGAGGUAUUGGAAUUUCAUUUGAUACGCCAAAAGAGUGCGGGUGAGGCGGUUCUCAAAGUCAACACUCCCGCCCCCCACGUUGAUUCCUCUGAAACUUGGACGUUGGCUGUAAUGAACCAAACGGCGACCAACCGCGACUCGGGGUUUCGAACAGAACCAAUUGUGGGGGGUACCGCGGGCGGUACAUCUCCAACUUGGAAAAGUGCAGUCCGCGGCAAUCGCACUGGUGUUUUUGUCAUUAUAUCACGGAACCCUCCGGUAUCGAAGAUCUUGGGAAGAGCCAAAGCGACAUUAACAGGGAAGAGAAAAAUCUUCCGCAGCUGUAGAGAUGUCGAUGCCAAUCAGCCGAAUCUUCUGUAUUUGGAUUCGCUGUUGUCAGCGCUGAAGAAAAUGGAAGAUGAGGAGGGGAUAGCUGAUGUGGAUUUGGACCUGAGCUUGGAUGGGGAGUGGUUGCCUAUGAUGAAGGAGAUGAUUAUAACAGCUGGCAGUGCGGCAGGUCAAAAGGUCACUGGCCAGGAUUGGGAGCGGUACAAGAAAGUACUAGAAGAGCCUCGGUUUAAGUUCGAGCCGCAGUCGCCGCCGACUAAGGCUUGGGAAGAGGCAGCAGAAAAGAGAAUUUUGGGAGAUGGGUUUAAGCUCGAGAAGUGAUGAGGAUUUUGGAAUACGACAUGUGGUGAACGUUAAAGCAUUACUAUAGGUUGUACGCAUGCUUUUCCCGUUACAGAAUCUCCCUCGUUUCUCUCCGUAGGUUUUCUCUGUAGUUUCAGAUAUCCACUGAUUGAUUCACAUCCAGGGGGCGGGCAGCGGAGUUUUCCGUGAAAUCAACUGGUGCAGACCCCCCCGUGUGAACUUUGAGUUGCCGACAGCGGCUAG